CUAAAUUAAAAUAUAAUAAAUAUAUUUUCUCAGAUUUAUGGAAACGGUCCUUCAGGCACCGGCCACCGCCUUGCAAAAACGGCGUUGAACAACAAAGAUGGGUUCUGGGGAUGGAAUUCCCCGUUGGAGUGUCUAUGAUACAAUUAAGACUAUACCCUCGAAGCCCGAUGGUUUAAUGACUGAGAUUGAUUUAGCUAUUUCUUCUCUCGAGUAUGCUAAGGCAACAAAGCUUCUGAAUUCUCCAGCUCCUCUUCCCAAGAACAAGAACAUUGAUAAUGGAACCCUUAAACCUUCAGCAUUGUAUGAUGCCCGAAGGGCAGAUGAAGCGUAUAAAGAUGGGCUUGCAUAUCUAACUGCAGGCAACCUUGAGGAGGCGUUUCAGUCAUUGAACUUGGCUCUCUCUAAGUGCCCGCCCUAUAAGACUUCUGCUGUGGCUAAGCUUCGAUCUCUCAUUACUCUAACGGCUCAACGCCUUAGAAAGUCUCCAGGAUGACUUGGGUUUGUCAAUUUGUAGUUUUAGCACAGUUGUUUGAUUAAGUCCACUAGAAGAUAACUGUAUAUAAAAUAAAUAAAUAUUUCUGCUCCUCAAAUUGGGUUCUUUUUCCAA